UGUACAUAUGUAUUUACAUAACGAUUGUAAAAUUGAAUGCCGACUUUGAGUGGCAUUUACCUUUCACUCGCAUUUGGAUUACACAUAUUGAUUGGGUCGGAUUUAAAAGCUAGCACAACGAACUAGGCAACUACAACUACAACUACCUCAAAUUGAAGAAACGAAUUGAGCUCCCAGCUCUACCUCAAUGCAAUUGGAGGGACAUAAAUAGCACAAGUUGUUGGAAUUCGAAAAGCCGAAUAGAGUUUCAAGGCUCAGAGAAACAACACGAGUAGGAACAACAACAGGCAGUAGGAAUUGAAAAAUGGCCAAAUCCAAGAGACAUUCAAGUUUAUCGCUGUCAUCGUUAAUCACACUUUUCAAAUGCUGCCUACUUGCCCGACUGGCCCAAGUGGCAGCAGGCAUGGCCGGACCCAACGAUGUCUACAGCAUGGCCGGCAUGAGUUGGGAUCAUGCCGUCGAUUUAAAUGAGGAUUUUCGUAUUUUAUGGACGCACAUUAAUCAGGAUAUAACGUUUGAGAUACAAGCUCGCACUAUGGGCUAUGUGGGAUUUGGAUUUUCAGCAGACGGCCAGCUGGCUGGCACCGACAUUGCCAUCGGCUGGGUGGACGAUGGCCAGACAUUCUUUCAGGAUCGUUAUGUCGCUGCUGAUGGAGCUGCAGAGCCGCGCGUGGAUCCUUCCCAGGACUACAUAUUGAUGAUGGGCUACGAGAAUGCGACACACACAGUCAUUCGCUUUCGUCGCAAGCUACAGACCUGCGAUGAAGAGCACGACGUGCAGAUAUCGAACGAUACGAUGCGGGUGUUUUACAUGUACGGCAUGGAGGAUCCUAAGCACAGUCCAGUGGGCUUCGCCACUCUGCCUAAUGCCGAGGAUGCUUGGCGCUCUCCACGCUCGCUGGUGCUGACUCAGCGGCCCGUGCGUUCUCAGCAUCGACACGACCGAGUCCUCGAACUUAAAAACGAGAACGUGGAAUUGCCGUUUGCUGACGACACUCUCACCCAUUGCCAUGUCUUCAAAUUGGAUAAGGUCCUGAAAGCCCCCAAUUGGCACAAGAAGUUCCACAUGACCCGGUUCGAGCCGUUGUUCGAUUCCUCAUGGGCACUGCACUACAUGCAGCAAAUUGUAUUGUACGAGUGCCAGGAUGACGGCUUCGACCUCGAGCUGGAGCAACUGUCGCGAGAAUCCGGUCGGGCUUGUGCUGGUGCGCGGAGCGUGUCGCAGCAAUGCAAUGCUGUUGCUGCCGUAUGGUCGCGUGGCUCGGAAGGCUUCUCAUAUCCGAAGGAGGCCGGCUAUCCACUAGACGCAAAGAGCGCGCGUUACUUCCUGAUGGAGACGCAGUACUACAACCCCAAGUUGGAUUUUGAGCAGCUAGACAUGCCGAAAAUGUACGACAGUUCUGGCCUGCGCAUCUAUUUUACAGACCAUUUGCGAGCCCACGAUGCAGGCAUGAUGUCUAUUGGAAUGGAGCCCAGCUGGCGCCACAUUAUUCCGCCGGGCCAGCGACGCGUCGUCUCCGAAGGCCAGUGCCUAGAAGACUGCACAGCCUAUGCUUUUCCUGCCCAGGGCAUAAGUAUUUUCGGCGUCUUGAUGCAUACCCAUCAAAUCGGCCGAGAGAUGAAGUUGAGGCAUAUACGUGACACAGAGGAGCUGGCACCGAUUGCACACGACAAGCACAUUGAUUCGGAAUUCCAUGAGAUCAGGCCACUCGACCAACAUGUCCGCGCUCUCCCUGGCGAUCGUCUAGUCGCUGAAUGUAUUUAUGAUAGUUCUGGACGCGCUGCCAUCACGCUGGGAGGCGCCACCUCAAUGAAAAUGGAAAGCUGUACAGUCUAUACCAUGUACUAUCCGCGUCAGUACAAGCUGUCCUCUUGCCUCUCCCUGCCCAGCUUACCAACAGUAUUGCAUUCCCUGGGCAUUGAGAAGCUGGCCACGAAUCUGAACCCCAUCGUUAUUGCAUCGCCCGCUGAGCUGGCUGGCCAGACUUUGGAGUCUCGUCUGUUAUCCUACGAUUGGAAGCAUCAGUUUGACAUAUUCCAACGCAAAACACUGGAAGGAUCUUUCAAGCCUGUGUGCCGCGGGCUACGAAGUGAAAUGUUACCCAUAUCCGACAAUCUUAUGGGCUAUCGAGUGGAAUUGAGCAAAAAAUAUACGCCGCCGCGACAUUGUAAGCCGCGCAGACUGUUCGUAAAGGAGAACACCAGCGGCAGCCACCAAGUUGAGUUGCCCGUGUUGCACGAUCUACAAAGCAAUCACAUAUUUGUGAGCGGAGAUAAUGGCUCCGCGCGAAGCAGUCGCAGCUCCUUCAUCGAAACAUUGGCACUAAGUGCCGCACCACCGAACCAUUUUCCGCACUACUCUCUGUGGCUGUUGUGGCUACUGCCCUUAGCCAUUGUUUUCAGCUAGGAUUGUCCAGAACAUUGGUCACUAGUUGUCUCACGAGCAAUAUCCAUUGUGCCCCCUAAAUGUUAUGAUCUUAAACAAAUAUUUUUAGACUAUCGUCCUUGGGUGUAUAAAGAGGGGAGGGUUUAAUCAGAGAGUCUACCAAAGUACUGAAACUUUCUAUUAACAAACUUGAUGUAUCAGUUUGUACUGUGAUAUGCAUAGGUAAUACUUUUGUAAAUUAUAUCUUUUAUAUAAGAGUUGUAUUGUGUUAAACCCACUAACAUAACAUAGGAGUAAGAAACGUUAGCCUAAGCAAUAAAAUGAUCAAUUAUAAUCAAUAAAAUA